AUGCCAGCUGUACUAGAAGAUUAUCAAAAAAACUUUUUAGAAUUGGCCAUUGAGUCUCAGGCUUUAAGAUUUGGUAAUUUUACAUUAAAAUCUGGUAGACAAUCUCCAUAUUUUUUCAACUUAGGUUUGUUUAAUACAGGUAAAUUACUAUCGAACCUAGCCACUGCAUACGCUAUUGCCAUCAUUCAAUCCGAUCUUAAAUUUGAUGUCAUUUUUGGUCCUGCUUACAAAGGUAUCCCAUUAGCUUCUAUAGUUUGCGUAAAAUUAGCUGAAAUUGGUGGUUCUAAGUUUCAAGACGUUCAAUAUGCUUUCAACAGAAAGGAAGCUAAAGACCAUGGUGAAGGUGGUAACAUUGUCGGUGCUAGUUUAGAAGAUAAAAGAAUUUUGAUCAUUGACGAUGUUAUGACAGCUGGUACUGCCAUUAAUGAAGCUUUUGAAAUUAUCGGUAAUGCAGGUGGCCAAGUUGUUGGUACCAUUAUUGCUUUAGAUAGACAAGAAGUCGUUAAUUUAGAUGAUAAAGAUAAAUUGAGUGCUACAGCUGCAGUUAGUAAGAAAUACAACAUUCCAGUUCUUAAUAUUGUUUCCCUAUCUCAUGUUAUUAGCUAUCUAGAAAGUAGGAUGGGUGCAGAUGAAAAGAAUAAGAUUGAAGAAUACUUACAAGUUUAUGGUGCUUAG